UGCAAUAAACAACUCAACAUGAAGAUUCCUAUUACAAUUUUGUGCGUCGCCACAGCAACGUCCGCGGUCCAGAUUGGCGCGCCUGCAACGGGAUAUAUUUACAGAAAUGACCACAAUGGCCCAGCCAGUCUCAUCCAGUUAGGGGCGCAUUACCAACAGCCCAACUUCCUUCCAGCUUUACCUAUUGCAGCGCCAAUCAAAACUAUUGAAGCUUAUGACAUCGCCCCUGUCCCAUUGCCCUAUAUAGCAGCUAAGCCAAUUGUUAUUGAAGACGCUGAAGAUGAGAGCUCGGAAGAGGAAUCUGCGGAGUAUAGCGAUGGCUUGGUCGGCCUAGGUCACGAGGGUGGUGGUGGGAGUGAAUACGAAGAGGCACAUCACAAAGAGCACGGUGAAAAGGGUAGUAAAGGAUACCAUUCUAAAGGACACUUCGCUAAAGGACAAGCUGGCAAUUACGGUGAAGUGCACAAAGAAGGACAUCACAGCGAAGGCAGCGGGGAGAAAGGAGCUCAUCACGAUGAAGCCGACUCAUAUGGAAAGCACCAUAAAUCUGGCAAGGGCUACAAGGGCGGUGACCAUGGACACAAGAAAUACCACAGCAAAGGAGAGGACAUCACCGGAUACCACAAAGUUUUCAACAAGGAUGAGUUCAAAAAGGACCACGACUUUUAUGACGUUGCCGAUAACAGCGGACAUUUUAAGAAACAUGGCUCUGACAGCAAGCAUUAUAGCGAACAUGAGGGUGGUCACAAGGAGGGUGAGAAAGGCGUGUCUGGAUUUGACAAAGGAGAUUUCGGAAAGUCUGGGUACCACAACAAAGGUCAUAUUGAUGAUGGGGAAGCAGAACAUGUGAGCAAAGAAGGCGAAGAAAGUCAUUACAAUCACCAUGAAGGCUACGGCAAAAAGGGCGGGAAAAGUCAUGAAAAGGAAUACGAAUAUUACGACGACGACGAAGAAUAGAUUAAUUUUCUGUGAUACUAAGCUCUUAUGUAAUUUUGUUAUGUUUGAUACGCAAUGCUGUGAUUUUUAAUUUAUUACCGAAUAAACGAACUUAUUAUUAA